CCACUGCUGACGCAAACCCCGGCCGCCAUGUUAGAUCUGACGGUCUGGACCGAGCGGCCGAGCGGAGGAGCUCGAUGAGGUUUUAACUGCUCCGAGUGUUGAACUCGUUUUCCUUCGGCCUGUUCGCUAUUAACUGUCAUUCGACGACCGUUUUCUGUAUGUGUCGGACUAAAUAAGGGAGAGUCCAGCCUCGGACGGCGCCUGUGAGGGGUGGUGGUGUUUUCGUGUCGCCUUUCAGCUCGCCAUGACUUCGUUGACCCAGCGGAGCUCGGGCCUGGUGCAGAGACGCGGCGUCGCCGCCGCCGCCGCCGACAGAGAGAAGAGCUCGGCGGGAGAGGAUGAGUACGAGCCCCGCAGAGACGAGCAGGACGACGAUGACGGCGGAGACUCAAAAGAAACUAGGCUUACCCUUAUGGAGGAGGUGUUGCUUUUGGGGCUAAAGGACCGCGAGGGCUACACUUCCUUCUGGAAUGACUGCAUUUCAUCAGGAUUGCGGGGUUGCAUGCUCAUUGAGCUGGCCUUACGGGGAAGGCUACAGCUGGAGGCCUGUGGCAUGAGAAGAAAAAGCCUGCUCGCCAGAAAGGUCAUUUGUAAGUCUGAUGCUCCAACAGGGGACGUGCUCUUGGACGAGGCUUUGAAACACAUUAAAGAGACUCAGCCUCCAGAGACUGUACAGAGCUGGAUUGAGCUCCUUAGUGGUGAAACAUGGAACCCGCUGAAGCUCCACUACCAGCUUCGGAACGUGCGUGAGCGCCUGGCAAAGAACUUAGUGGAGAAAGGUGUGCUCACCACUGAAAAACAGAACUUCCUGCUCUUCGACAUGACAACACACCCGCUCACCAACAACAACAUCAAGCAGCGGCUCAUCAAGAAAGUGCAGGAGGCCGUGCUGGACAAGUGGGUGAAUGAUCCUCACCGCAUGGAUAAGCGCCUGCUGGCCCUCAUCUUCCUGGCCCACUCUUCGGAUGUGCUGGAGAAUGCUUUCGCCCCGCUGCUGGACGACCAGUACGAUCUGGCUAUGAAGAGGGUACGGCAGUUGUUGGACCUGGAACCCGAGGGCGAGAGCAUGAAGACCAACGCCAACGAGCUGCUUUGGGCCGUGGUGGCUGCCUUCACCAAAUGAGGAUAAACCUGCAAAGCACUAAAAACAAAACAAAGUAAAAACAACAAAGGAAAACAGCUUUUGACUGGUUACUGAAAAAAUGCAGAAAGGGUCGUUCCAGUGUAUCAGAAAUGGACGAUAACUCGCAGAACUGUCUGUUUGUUUUUGUUUUUUUCCUACCACCCCCUUUCUUUGCUGAUAACUUGCUUCCCUUCUGCAUUCUGUGCGAGACUUUUCAUUGCAUUGCACACAGUCUUGGUGGGCGCAAAGAAAAGCACGCCCAAUUUUUAAUCCCUCCCCUUUUUCUUUCAUUUUUAUUUUUCAGUUGAAUGCAUGGGGCUUUUUCUCAUUCUGUACUGUCUGUCUGAACAAGUACUGCAGCAACAAUCUUUACCCUCUAUGGAUCUGGACAAGUUGGCGUUCUUGUUUUUUUCCUGUUUCUUAGUGAGAAAGGCUACCCUGAGAGGUAACAUGGGUUGGGUUUACUUUAUAUUAAUUCAGAAAAACAGAGAGUGUUUACUAAGAUAUAUUGGUUACCCGCCUUUUUAGAACGGUAUUAUUGUUUUGGAUAAGUUUCUUAUCCCCACCAUUUGAAACUGACUUCAGUGUGACAAGGUUUUGAGAGAAAUAUGUACACUCCCUGAACGUUUUUCGACAUAAAACUGGAGAAUCUGCAUACUGUCUGACUGUGCUGUAUGGAAAAAUGUCACUGUGUACAAUGCUUUCAAGAUCACUGUUCCAUAGCCAGUUUUGAUGGCCACAGUUUGUACCAGAGAUGGAGAAAUGUGGAGCUCAAGUGAAACCAUGAUUAUUAAGUACUGAAUACUCCCAAUGGGAACACAGUUUAGCUGUAGUCUUGCAGCUUUAUCAGUUUGAUGGCAGUAAUGGCUUUUUCAGGUCAUGUGAAUGAAGCAAAGUUGCAGCACUAAACCCAGAAGUAAUAGUCAUUUGAAGGAACCUAAAGGCUGGCUCCGCUGGUGCUGUCUAAAGGUCUGAAGAUCCCCAGUUAAAAUAAAGGGAGGACAGUUGUAAUAAUGUAAUCCACACGAUUCUUCAGCGAACCCUUCAUAUAAUGAUGUAACCCUCAAGAUUCUUCAUAGGUUGUUUCCUAUGUUGGGCAGUUUCAGACUGAAAAACCUUCUCCCCAAGGUUAUAUUUAUGAACAGUAGCAUCAAAGGUUUAGUUUUUUCGCUCUCCAUGAACACCUCACUAACACUUCGAGCUCUACCUCUCAGACCUUGCCCUUUGUUUCUACGGCCUUGCAUUGGUUUUGCCACUUCAGCGCUGUUACACUCUACACUUUCCUGAUGCAUAUGUUAAGGUAAAACAGCACCACUUCUGUACUUCUAUGUGCCUGAAGCUGGUUACAGGACUCGUAACCUCUAAGUUACAAUAUGUACUGUAGCUAUUCCUCAAUGUGACAUGGCAUUCACAAACAAUCAAGUGAACUAACCUUAAUCAAAGUUUUGGCUCUCAAUGGCGAACUUUGAUGUUGUCCCUAAGGGAAAUAUGAGGGAUACAGCCCCCCCCCCCGAUUCUUUUACUUACAUUGUGUGAAGAAGGGAAUUUCCUUUCACUUUCACGUGCAAAUGACGGUUCCACAUGGAGGCGCUCUCCACCCAUUGAAUACAAUAAAGCUGUCUUCCUUCAGACAGGAGCUCCACCUAUCUAUUGAAUCUAUAGAAAUGCAUUGCAUUAAAUUAGUCACGUUUUAGGCUCAAAGCUGUGUAGAACCUGAAAGAGGGGUCCAAAUGGUAUCCGUAGGAGUAUGCAAUGAAAAGUCAUUUGAUGAAGAUUUGUAUGUCGAAGGAUGGUCUAUAUAACAAUUUGCUACUUCCCAGAGUUUCCAUGUUUAUGUAUUUCUCUGUUGAAAUUUGAUUAAUGAAUAAUAGAAAUAAAAACUCAAAUGACCAUUUUAAAUCUGA